AUGAAUCUGAGGAACUACAAGAACUUCUGCUCGUUUCAAAAGAAAGAUGAGGAGCAGUACAGCAUUGCAGAGGAACAGAAACCGAAGAAAGGCCAGGAAAAGACAAAACACACCACAAACCGACUGGCUGCACAGGCUGUUCAACAAAAAACGAAAAAACAAUUGAAAGAAAUUGAGGAAGACGAACCAGACAUCAGAAAGGUUUCUGUACAGAGAGAAAAGCGCAAAGUGCAUGAUGCAAGAAAUAAGACACCGGAAGCAUGUGCUGAUGGAUCAAAAGAGGGUCCGAGAAAGACACCAAAGGACACCACAAAAGCUUCUGCACGGCGAGCAGGAGCACAUGUCAACAAGGCCAAAUCACUUGACAUUUCCACCGAGGAGGCACUAAGAAUCAGAGAAAGACACCAAAGGAUACCACAAAAGCUUCUGCACGGCAAGCAGGAGCACGUCAAGAAGGCCAAAGCACUUGACAUUUCCACCGAGGAGGUGAUGAACAAGCAACCAAAGGAUACUUCAGGAGACCCCACAGAGACCAAAACUAAAGCGCGUGUCGACACUGCCAAGUCACUCGCAAGCGCUGGACGGGGAAGAAUCACCAGAGAAUUUCAGACGACACAAACGGCUGUGGACUCCAUCCUCAUUGCAACACUACAAAAGCUGAAGAUUAAGAAGAACGAGCGUUCAAAAGCUGCAGCAACCAUUAAUUCAAUAAUAAACACUAUAACAGAGCAUUUGAAACAUAACACUGUCUUUAAAGAAGUUGAAAACCCACUACGUACUGGAAGUUACUAUGAAAAUGUAAAGAUUGCCAAUCCUGACGAAUUUGAUGUCAUGCUGCCUAUUCCUGUUGACCGAGUGAAGAUCACACCAUUUAGAGAUGAUGGUGCCUUUUACAGUGUGGAAUUAAAACGUGGGAAGAGUACUCUGAAAAAGUUUGAGAAGAACAACGGCAUCAUAUCUGCCUCUGAAAUGCUACAGGAAUUCAGGGAUGAAGUGAAAAAAUGUAUCAAGAAGCUUGAAGGUGUGAAGGUGGAAAGGAAGAAGAAAGGCUGCCCCGUCUCCAUCUCUCUCGAUGUCGUUCUCUGUCUCAUGGUUAAGUCUAGCUGGCCAGAUUUCACGAGCAAUGAAUUUAAAAUCGAGAGCUGGCUGGGAAGAAAAGUAAAACAGGAACACAAGCGUAGUCACUACUACCUCGUCCCAAAAUACGAGGGCCUCGGCACUGUGGAACACGACGGGGUCUUAACUAACGAUGUUUGGCGAGUGUCGUUCUCUCACGUUGAAAAGGCCAUACUGAUGAACCAUGGUUCAGACAAAACCUGCUGCGAAAAAGACGGAGCACGCUGCUGCAGAAAAGACUGUUUGAAGCUCCUCAAGCACCUUCUUGGUCUGCUGAAGAAUCAGGACAAGUCCUUUGAAAGGUUCUGCUCCUACCUUGGAAAGACGGCACUCCUCCACGCCUGCUGCUCGAGAACGAAGGACAGCGACUGGGACGCCUCCAACCUGAGCCAGUGCUUACAGCUGCUUCUCAUGGACUUUGAGGACUAUCUGAAGGAGGGUGCCCUCAAGAACUUAUUCAUUCCAAAUCAGAACCUGUUGUCUGGUAUGAAACCAAAAACCUGUGAGUCUCUAGCUCACAGAAUCAGGGAGGAACGGGAAAACGGCUUCCCGAUUUUUGAUCAAUAAGUUUGGGAAGCGCUAAUCUUAAGUUUGUUUAUGCUUGUUUUCUCUAUUUUUUUUUUUGCUGCUGUGGGUUUGGGAAUUAUUCAGGUUUCCUGAAACAGUACCUAAAGUGUUACUAAAGAUUAUCCUCGAGAAUUUUGUAUGGAUGUUAGAAUAGGUGUAAAUGGUAUUGCAGAACUCUUAAUAAUUAUAUAAUGAAAUGGCAGUUCUGUUUGGGAGUAAACCCCGUGGAAACCUUUUAAUAAAAAUUGUUU